AUGAAAAUCCACAUCCUGGCCUUAGGGGCCGCCGUGAUCCACCUCGGUACAGUUACCUCAGCCUUACCAGAUGCGCAACCACCGUCGCACUACCCCAAGAAUCGUCCACACGGAUGCGAUUGCUACACAGUAUCUGGGCCCGAUCCGGGAUACUUCCAGCACUACAAGUUCUGGGACUUCCGGGCCGUGGACUUAAGGAGACAUGCCCAUCCCAACAUGUCCGGGCCCGUCCAAGAUAAUGACGAGGAUUGGGACAACGUCGCACCCGGAGACCACCACUAUGGGACAGACCCGAACCCCAACUCGCUGGUAUUCUACAAAACCGCCUUCGAGCGAGACUGGAGCAGUCAGAACUGGAAACGCGACGGCAGCUUCAUCUCCCCAGUGGUCAUGGUCAACUCAAAGAGCAACGUUUUCUUCACCCGAGACCACGAACGACAGGAUCCACACGCAACGUAUCUCGUUAUGCGCACCACCCGGUUCUCAAACUACACCUCGGCAGCGGAGAUCGAAACCCGCUUGCGGGACAUCUACCGGUGCUCGCUGCGCGUCCGGCUGCGCUUCUUACCGACCAAUUUCAUCGUCUCAGAGCCCGCUCAAUCCCAAGAGUGGCCACCGAAUAACCCAAAGCGACACCCUCGGCCACCUCCAAAUGACCAUCCCAUCACAGUUCCCGAUGGAAAACCUUCUCCCGGUGCCUGUGCAGGCAUUUUCACAUACCAUGACCUAACCACCGAAUCAGACAUCGAGAUACUCACUCGCGACCCAUCGCAUCGCGUACACUAUGCCAAUCAGCCAGAUUAUGAUUUUGCCGCUGAUGAAGAGAUCCCUGGCGCGAGCACUAUCGCCGAUUUGCCAGUUCCCUGGACGAACUGGUCUACUCAUCGACUAGACUGGCAGGCGGACAUGUCGCGGUGGUUCGUCGACGGUCAGAUACAGGAUGCCAGGUCGUAUGGGGUUCCUGAGUUGCAGAGUAUGAUUGUGCUCAAUCUUUGGAGUGAUGGCGGACUCUGGACGGGUGAUAUGGGGAUUGGGGAUAGUGUUUACUUGGGUGUCGAAUACAUUGAGUUGGCGUAUAAUCGGUCAUCGGAUGUCUCCAGGGGUCUCUAUGGCCCGUUUUCGGAGAACCAUGGUGGUCAUCAGAAUGUACUCUCUGCUGAUGAUGAUGAUGGUUUGGAGGCAGAUGGGAAGGGGAUGUGCAAGCCUGGUAGGCAGGGCCGUGAGUGCAGAAGGAAGAAGUGGAAGAAGAGGCCGCGUCGUGGAUUUUGUCGGAGACCGUGCAACAUUGAUGAGUUUUCAUAG